GGGCAAUUACUGGACUUAAUCUAUCAUAAUGUCCCCUUUCCGAUCGGCUUGAUAGUCAAAUGAGUUAAGCAAUGGCUGAGGAGAUCUGAGUCCCCCCUUCACCACCACCCUGGGUGCGAGAAGCGGCUGUUUAAAUGAAUCCCAACUCCAAGAAAAAGCACUUAGAUUUCAGUGAGAAGCAGAUCGGUGGUCACCAUGCACGGAUCGGCGGGUUUUACACUCGGAGAGCCGCUGAGUGCCUUUGAUUUCGGAUUACUGUGACAACGCAGGACGAGCUCUUUGAGAGGGGGGAGAAUUUUUGAGGAGUCCGCUUCCUCUUGCUCCUGUUCGCUGUCCUCCGGGUUCCUGCAGGACUCCAGAGCCGCGGAGAGCUCAUGCAGUCGCCAAGGGAGAGGAGUGAAGUGCGACCCCGAGCUGGAUGGAUGGUUAUGGGGAAAAGAGGAAGACCCUCGGCGCUUGACGUGUGCAGAGUCCUCGCCGUGUUUCUCUCACUCUUCCCCGUCGUGAGUCUGCAGUGCAAGAUCCUCAAGUGUAACUCCGAAUUUUGGGCCUCCACCUCGAACUCUGGACCGGAGGAGGAGUUUUGCACGGCGCUGCGAGCAUACAACAGCUGUGUACGCCGGACCGCUCGUACCUGCAGGGGUGACCUGGCGUACCACUCUGCCCAGCAUGGCAUAGAGGAUCUAAUGAGCCAACACAACUGCUCCAAGGAGGGGCCGACCUCCCAGCCGCGUGCCCGAACUCCGCUUCCUCCCCCACCCCCGCCGCUCCUGCCUGACAGCCAGGAACGCUCCGAUGGCCCAGAGGUGUGCCAUUAUGAGCGCAGUCUUCCGCGCAACACAGCGCCGCCUAACUACACCCACUGUGGCUUCUUCGGAGAUCCCCACCUCCGGACCUUUGGUGACGACUUCCAGACGUGUAAGGUGGAAGGAGCCUGGCCGCUCAUCCACAACAAAUACCUGUCUGUCCAGGUGACCAACACUCCUGUAGUGCCGGGGUCUUUGGCCACCGCCACAAGCAAGCUGACUAUCAUCUUCAAGAACUUCCAGGAAUGUGUGGACCAGAAGAUGUACCACGCGGAGACGGAUGAGCUGCCAGCCGCAUUUGCAGACGGCUCCAAGAACGGAGGAGAGCGGCACGGAGCGAACACUCUGCGGGUGGUGGAGAAGGUUCCUGGGCAGCACGUGGAGAUUCAGGCCAGGUACAUUGGAACAACCAUCGUGGUCCGGCAGGUAGGCCGCUACCUGACCUUUGCCGUGCGGAUGCCGGAGGAAGUUGUGAACUCGGUGGAGGAAGGUGACAACCAGGACUUGUACCUGUGUCUUCACGGCUGUCCUGCUAACCAGCGCAUCGACUUCAGGAACUUCAGGGCUCGAGCAGCUGAGGCCCACAGCGCUGGAAGGACCAGGAGUGGCACCGGGGCCCAAGGCUUCACCUACCAGUCUGCCAAGGCCAAGUGCAAAGAGCGGCUCCCAGUGGAGGACCUGUACUUUCAGUCCUGUGUGUUUGACCUUCUCUCCUCUGGAGACAUAAACUUCACCAUGGCAGCCUACUACGCCUUUGAGGAUGUAAAAAUGCUCCACUCAAACAGCAAGCGAUACCACAUCUUUGAAAAGGAUGCUUUUAUGAGCAAUGCAGCGCAGAGGGGCAAAGAUUUACUUUCACUAGUCCUCCUCAACCUCCUCGCUGUCUUAUUGUGGAUUGGUUGUUGCACAGUUCAUCUAUAGUCCCUUUACAACAGUAUCCUCAUGGUAUAUGUGUCAGUGAGUGUUAGAGUACCAUCGCUGUGUCGUACAUUGGCUGCUGUCUUCUGCUCUGGCUCUGCGGCGUGAGUCUCAUUGUAGUCGCAUUGUCAUGUCUUGACUUCGGUCUAAUGGCAAGGCGAGUUUCACCGUGCUCCCGCCUCUCAUCACAUGUAUUUAGCUGGUUCAUAGGACUGGUCUUUGAAGAGAGCAGCGGUGAGAGAAGCAGGCCACUCCAGAGCUCAGGAUAUCCACCUGGGAUUAAAUCCCACAUUCUCACCGGGGCUGCAUGCCUCUGGGAAGCCGGACAAGAUGAUCUUUUGCAGAAAGAGGAGUUUGCUGAUCCUCCCUCCCCUGAUCCCGUCAUUGGUGCCAAGCCAGUGAAGCUCUCUGUGGCUCAUGUGGCGAAGCGAGAGGACCUGACAGGGGCUUUUGUUAACCUAAGGCCAGAAGCAGCUCUAUGUUUGAUUAGUUUCCAGCUUUGGAAAAGCUUGAGCCUUUCUGGAGGAAGCACUCAGCCAAAAGGAUGUCAGAGCAGCGUCUCCAGUUGUCUGCUGUGGAGAUUAAUGGGUCAUAUUGUUAGGUUGUGUGUGUGUGUGUGUGUGCGAGUGCGUUAGUACAAUAUGUGUGCAGAAUUCAGCGUCUGUGGUUAAUUUUGUGUGUUUGCGGCUGCAGGAGUUCCCAGAAAUGAGAUAACAAACCUCCAGUGGGAGAAAUCUUUCCCAUGUCUUUAUGCUGCACCCAAAAUUUCAGAAACAGAAAAGCCGAGGCGUUCCACAGUCUCUUAAAACGGACUCCAUCAGCCAAGUAGCAAAUCCCAGAAGGGAACCGAUAAAAAUAAUCUCUUUUCAUCUGUGUGUCAUUUUCAGUGUCACCCAGGCUUUCACUCCGUUGUUUGAUCAGACAGUGUUUGUAUUUUAAGUCUGUAAUGUGAAUGUAGCUAACAAGCAAAAGAACAACCUUAGUUAAGGGCACUCGAGUGUUUACAGAAUUUAGAUCAACCAAUCAAACUACGACACCUCUUUGAUAGCAUCUUGUGAAUUUAACUCUACAUUUCAAGUCUGAGCCAUCGCCAGCAGCGGUGCUAGACGCUGUUAAUACGAGCUCUAAAGACGUCACCUCGAGUCAGUUUAGCAUUUCGUAGAGUAACCAGUGUGCUGACAUGACUGUGGCUUAGUACGUAAAUGAUAAGCAUAUGUCUGUAGACGUGAUUUCAUGGCUUAAGUCAUUGCCAAAGAACAAGCCCUUGUGCCAACACUUCCCCAACAACUGAAUUUUCAUCUUUCAGUCUUAAACCGUUCACAUUAGGGGGAUUCUCGAUUGUAUAUAACUCGUGUUUGUGGGUGAAUUUGUGGUUUGCAGAAAACUUACAGUGACGCACUAUAAAAGCAGCUUUUUUUCCCCUGUUUUUGCAGCCUCACCUUUGCUUUUCUUGUGUUUCAUGAUAGCACUCCUCGCCGCGAGAGGUUUCCAUUUGAACUUUGGCUCCCAGCUGCAGUAUCUGGUAAUGUGUAAGUCAUCCCUGUAGAUACUGUUACUACUCGGGCACAGUUUUACAGUCAUUUAUCCUUUACACUGAAGUAUUCGGCAGGCCUUACUACUGCUAUUUGGAACAUGUAUUGGUGCAACAACAACAAAAAAAAAAGACAACCAUACAAACAAAUGAUUGUAAUGUUGAAUCUUGUGUUAAUAGAUGUAAUUUGUAUUGUGAGUUUUUGCAGUAUAUGGUUCUACACGUUUAAUGUGAGAUUGUACAUAUGUUUUGUGAGUUGUUGAGUUUAAAUUUGUAUAUUACCAGUUGUGUUUUGAAUUUAUCACUCCAGUUUUUGUACAUCAGAUGUUUCGGUGAAUGUGAACAUUUUUUUUUUUUUUUUAAUCUGAAAAGGGAUUUUUGCAAAAACAUGAACACCGCAGAACGAAAUCUUCUUUACCAAGUACAGUAUACUCACCUGGUGUUUUUGGAGGAAGUGAUAACUUGCUGGAUCACUUUUUGGUCACAGAUAAAUCGUCCUAAAUGCAGCCCACCUCAUCCAGAAAGGGAAUGUAGGAGCAUGUUCUGAGGCAUUCAUGUUUUUGAGUUUAAAGCACUUUAUGUUUUCUUUUUCAUUUAGCUCUUACUUGGUUUGAAAUUCUGUCAGACUUGUACUGGUUCAAUAAUAGCAAAAAAAAGAAAAAAGAAAGAAAGAAAAAAGCUGAAUGGGAAAUGCCAGAAAGAUCAAACUGUGUUUGUAUGUAAAGCAAAUGUUGUGCCACACGCCAGCUGUUUAUAAUGUAAAUUAUUUAUUGAAUAAAAGAAAA